ACUGUCAGGUCAGACAUUGCUGCUGUGCUGCUAGGAGGAUCACAACUCACCUAGGAGCUCCAAGGACACUGAGCCAGCCUCACAUAGGAUCAUGCACAGGAGCUUUACAUGGGAGCAAAGUUUAUCUCUACAUAUCUGAAAAGGCAUUGACUGGCUGCAAGACAUGGAGGAUCUGAGGAAGAGCCCAGAUGACUACAGAACAAAAGAGCAACCGGUGAAGACGACGGAGAUGGGCUCACGUUGUGUGGUUUUCACUUAUUAUCAGGGGGACAUUAACAGUGUUGUCGAUGAGCACUUUUCUAGAGCGUUAAGGAAUACAAAAGAUCCACAGGACUUAAGCACAAAAAACAGAAAUGACGACUUUCAGAAGAACACAAAUAACAUGAUGAUGGAUGAAUUCAACUGGACAAAAACUUACCAAGCCAACUCCUCCGAUAGGAUGACUUCCCCUGUGUUACCACCACUUACCUCUCCAUCUGAGCAUUACACAUCAGCUGUUUACCAACAGCACCAGCAGCAUCAUACUCAGCCUUCGGAUUUGUGGCAUUACCACCAUUUUGGACCUCCAAGCCAAGUUAAUGCUGUGUAUCAUCAUCCUUCUGUCUCAGAGUUUCAAAUGGUACCAGGUCCUAAUGGAAAAUGUAGUUCAUUUCUCGGUCUUCUACAGCCUGAGAGAUAUCCAGUUCCUUUGCCGGAGUCAGUUUCAAAACCAGAUCUCCUCAGUUCAGCAGCUGCUGGGUCAUCCAUACCAGAAAACCUCAAUCAAAGAACGAACUCACAAACAGGUCUUCAUCCACAAGAUAGAAGAAAAGAGUAUUUCCAUGGACAAGAAAGAAGGAAGGAUUUAUACUUUUAUUAGGUGUUAUUUUCUGUUCAUCUGCAUUUUGCUUUGUUUUAUUAUUAUUGUAUGUAAAGGACUUUGGACUAAAAAAAUUCUAAAAACUUUAAACUAUAUACAUAUUUUGUAGAUAUUUUUUUCAUGAAUAAAUCAGGUUGCUUCCAUAUUUAAGAGGUGCUUCUGUCAUUGCCAGUGGUUCACUGUGUCAUGAUGACAUAGUCACUAGGGCAGAAUAAACACUGAAGUUUACGGGUAAUAGUUCUGUUUUAGGGCAAUGUUUCCAAGUCAGGUUCCACAGUAUCCGUUUUUUUUGUGAAAAUUGGAGAAACAUUCCAUGGAAGCAACCAAUAGCAAGAGCUAUCACAUUUACAAAA